CAUGUGUAAGAAGAGAGUUUGUGACCAUGAAGACCAUCACGGCGGUGGUCUACAGCCUGGUGUGUCUCUUGGCCGUGACGGGGAAUGUACUGGUGUUGGUGGUCAUCCUUCACAACCGCCGCUCCAUCUCAUCCACGGACGUCUACCUGCUCCAUCUGGCCACGGCCGACCUGCUCUUUGCCCUCACCCUGCCCUUCUGGGCAGUGGACGCCGUGUCUGGCUGGAUGUUUGGUGACGCCAUGUGUAAGAUGAUCAGUAUGUUGCAGGAGGUGAACUUUUACAGUGGCAUCCUCCUGCUGGCCUGCAUCAGCGUGGACCGCUACCUGGCCAUUGUCCGCUCUGUCCAGUCACACGGCCACAAGAGGCCGUGAAUGGUCAAACUGGUGUGUGCCAUCGUCUGGCUCGUGGCCCUGCUCCUGUCCUCGCCCGUCCUCUACAAUGAAAUGUUCUACGAUCUAACCAUGGUUGUGGACAUGCUGGUGAGAGUCAAACACAUCAAAGUCUCCUGCAUCCAACGUGACCACUUGGACAGGGCCGUGCUGGCCACCCAGUGCUUGGCCUUUCUUCACAGCUGCAUCAACCCAAUCCUCUACGUCUUCAUCGGGGUGAAGUUCAGGAGCAACCUGGUCAAACUCCUGGCUCAUAAAGGCCUCAUAAAGAGAAGCAAAGAAUCCCAAUUCAAUAAAUCACGCUCAUCCUCAGUCGCUGGGCAGACAUCUACCACCAUUUAG